AUGGUACUAAUCCCACUGGCAAUAUCGUUGAUCAAUGCUUGCUUGCUACCUCUAGUGGUUGAACUUCAAGCUCAGUUCCUCACAUUUCAAGCUUUACAGAAACCUUCUUCUUCCCCUAGGCUCCGAGUUCAGAGGCCUUGGACGCCUCCAUCAGUGGGUUGGAUUAAAGCCAACAUUGACGGGGCUUUCAACUGCAGUGCCAAGAAUGGUGGGAUGGGAGUCAUUUUUCGCGAUUCGGAAGGUGAAGUGGUGGCUGGUGGGUGUCGGUAUGUGAGUGAGGUUUCAUCUGCUGAGGAGGUCGAGAUGAGAGCCAGCAGAUGGGCAUGUCAAUUGGCUGUUACCCAUCAGUUGACUCCGAUUAUCUUCGAAUCCGAUUGCUUGACUUUGGUUCAGGCUACCAAAGAUCAGAGUGGCAAUCUGUCACUUCUUGGUCGUCUGGUGGAUGACAUUGUAGACUCCUUGCACUCUGCCAGGGGCUUACUUUGCCCACAUUUAUAG